CUCUUUAAUUUUCAGGUUGAUUAAAUAUGAUACUUAUUUUUGUAAGACGAAUAUAACACACUCUAAAAUUAUCAAACCUCACAAUGUAAGUUACAAGUCUUACAAAACGAGUUAAUCAUACCUUUGAUUGGUAACCAUAGAAUUUGCAUUCUGGACUAGUUGACUCUUGAGUGGAGGGGGAAACCUAAUUGAAAAUAUUGACAUGCACAAAUAUAGACCAUAACUUUUGUCCAAAAAAAAAAAAACCAUAAAGAGAGAAAAAAAGAAAAGAAAAACACCAACUAGAAUAACGCCGACCCACGUGUAAAACCUUCCAAAAAUCACACCAAAAUACAAAAUCAAUUUUAUUUUAGCAACCAAAUAAAUUUAAAUAAAAAUUACAUAAAUAAAAAAAAUUAUUAUCCCAACUUUCCCACAUUUGAGGCUUCAACCUCUUCUUGUGAUUUCCACCUUUUCCCCACCACUUUCCAGUUUCCACCCUUUUCUCAAACACCCAUUUGCUAUACUUUCAUUGGCAUGCCGAAUUGCUGUCCAAUUGAGGUUUGCUUUGAUUUAUUUCUUGCAUUCAAGCUUAAAUUUUGAAUCUUGUUUUCUGGGUUUUGGUGGGUUUUUCUUGGUUUUCUGAGAUUUAUAGUUUUCUGGGGUCUGUUAAUUGUUCACCAAUUAGUAUUUAAUUUGAUAGAAUUCAUGUUUACUUAUGCAAUUGAUGUUACUUUAUGUGCCCAUAUCAAAAUUAGGGCAACCCAUUUGCAAUUUAUCAUAAAUGGUUUUGCUCUCUGCUUGUGCAAGCUCUGAUUUUUCCCAAAUUACCCGGGUUCCAUUCCCGGUUUGCCCAUGUAAAAUCGGUCCGAGACGGGCGGUUUGUUUGAAUGGAAGUUGGGAUUGUGGUUUUUAUUUGUUAGGGUUUCAUAGAAGUAAGAGGAGGAGGUGUUUUGGGGAGAAUUUGCAUAAGAAUGUGAGUAGGAAUUGGGUUUUUAGAGCUUGUGCUGUUUCUAGUGAUGGUGGGGGUACUAACUUUAAUGUAGAUAUAGCUAAUUCUGCUAGGAGAGGUGCUAAAAGUAUUGUUCUAAGUCGGUUUUCGGAUGGAUUCGACAAUGAUGAUGAUGCUAGUAGGGAUUUGUCACAAGAAUCUAUUCAAUUGGGCUCGGGUUUUAACAAUUUUCAGCAAGACCCGAUUGUGGAUAAGCUUAGGACACAACUAGGAGUGAUACAUCCUAUCCCAUCGCCUCCGAUAAACCGUACUGUUUUCAGCUUGUUUGUGUUCUUCUUCUUUGUUGGGGUUGUUUUUGACAAAGUAUGGACACGGUUAAAGAGGAAAAAGUCGGAUGCUCAGCUUGCUUUGUGGCGGCAAACACCCUUGACUGGUUCGAUGUUUUUUGAGAAGGAUUUGCAGAGGAAGGAAUCGGUGGAAUGGGUGAACAUGGUGCUAGGAAAGUUGUGGCAGGUUUACAGACCUGGUCUUGAAAAUUGGAUUAUUGGUCUGCUUCAACCUGUUAUUGAUAAUAUAGAAAAACCAGAUUAUGUAGAGCGAGUGGAGGUGAAGCAGUUCUCGUUGGGAGAUGAGCCCCUGUCUGUUAGAAGUGUGGAACGCAGGACUUCUCGCCGUGUGAAUGAUUUACAGUACCAGAUAGGACUUCGUUACACUGGCGGUGCUCGUAUGCUCUUAAUGCUCUCUUUGAAAUUUGGUAUUCUUCCCAUUAUGGUGCCAGUUGGUGUUCGGGAUUUUGAUAUUGAUGGGGAACUUUGGGUGAAACUUAGGUUAAUACCCACAGAGCCUUGGGUUGGAGCUGUUUCAUGGGCCUUUGUUGACCUUCCAAAAAUAGCGUUUGAACUGUCACCAUUUCGCUUGUUCAAUUUAAUGGCAAUACCUGUCCUUUCAACCUUCUUGAUAAAACUGUUAACUGAAGAUUUACCAAGACUCUUUGUCCGCCCAAAGAAGAUUGUUUUAGAUUUUCAAAAGGGGGAAGCUGUUGGGCCUGUGCCUACAGAUUUGAAAUCUGGAGAUGCUCAAGAAAAAAAUAAAGAUUCUGUUGGCGAGCUGUCAGUGACUCUUGUUGAUGCUCGUGAUCUCUCAUAUGUUUUAUAUGGUAAGACGGAUCCAUAUGUUAUUUUACGGCUGGGAGAUCAAAUAAUACGCAGUAAGAAGAAUAGUCAAACCACUGUUAUUGGACCACCUGGUGAACCAAUUUGGAACCAAGACUUCAAUAUGCUUGUUGCUGAUCCUCAAAAACAGAAAUUGUAUGUUGAAGUUGUGGAUUCUCUUGGCUUUGCAUAUAUGACAACUGGUACUGGAGAGGUUGAUUUAAGUACUCUCCAAGACACAGUUCCAACAGACAAGAUUGUUGUCUUGACUGGAGGUUGGAAUUUGUUUAGAAAGAGAAAAUGUGGUGAAUUACUUCUCCGGCUGACGUAUAAAGCAUAUGUGGAAGAUGAAGAGGACGAGGGGACAAAAGCACAAGCAGCUAGCUCAAUAAUUUCAGAUGAUGAUGGCUCUGAUGCUGAUGAGCCUGGUCUUAAUUACAAGCAAAUGUCCAUGGGAGAUAAAGAAUCAUUUAUGGAUGUUCUUGCCGCUCUAAUUGUCAGCGAGGAAUUUCAAGGAAUAGUAACUUCUGAAACUGGAAAUACUAAAGUUGGGGAUGAUGUUACUAAUAUAGGCUCUACCUCUCCAAAGUCUCAAGGCAUUGCAGCUGAAUCCGUUCCUUCUGGGGUGGAUGGUGCAGCAGAAAAUUCUAAAGGAUCUGCGCUAUUUUGGCUGGCUGUGAUUACCAGUGUUGCAGUUGUAAUUGCUCUGAAUGUUGGCGGUUCAAGUAUCUUUAAUCCUUGAUUUUUCCCAAGACGGCAAUUCCCAAAUUUUGGAUUUUCAUGAAGUGUGUUAGGUUUCUGAAUGGAAAGAACUGAUAUUGGCAGGCAGCAGCGUUCUUUAAAGGAGCAGAUGGUGAUUUCUUUUGUAUACUGUCUGCUGAGUCGUUAAUUAUGCAAAUUGAUGUAAUUCCAGUGAGUUAAUAAUUCCUUAGUCUCUCGUCAUAUAAUAAUUCUUUGUUUGGGGAAUUUUGUGGCCUAUCCCCUUGAUCGGCGUUCAAAUUGUAAAUCCUAACUCCAUCUCUCUCCUUUCUUUCUUGUAACUAAACUUUGGCUGCUACUUGUAUAAUUUAAACCACAGGUAGGUCAAAUUGAAGACACUCCUAUGAUUUUUCA